GCUACAUUUCCUUCUUAUUCCUUCUUCACUCUACCAGAUGUUGAAACAAGGCCUGCCUGUUCAUUGUCUAACACACACUGCUUAGAAUCCAAACUGACUCUUUAGGUUUUUGUUUCUUUUAACACCAAAGAUCCCCAAAACGUAUUCUUUACUAGUUAACAUAGUGAGGCUGCUCAAUUGGACACCAUCCCCUACAGAAUUUACCCUCUGACUGCUGACCACCGGCUGUGACUGCUGCUCGCUUGUUGAUGACUGCCUGACAAAGAGAACAAGGAAAUUUGCACAAAGAAUGCUCACGCUGGCAGAUUUCAUCAGGAAGGAGCCCAAGACUGUCCAUGGAUACCCCAUAGUCUAUGCCUUUUCACACAACUGGGAGAGAAUAGAGAAGUUCCAGUGGAGGCCAGAUGACAUUGUGAUUGCCACUUACCCCAAAUCCGGUACCACAUGGAUUUCCGAAGUUGUGGAUAUGAUUCAAAAUGAUGGCGACAUUGAAAAAUGUAGUCGAAGUGCCAUUACCGAAAAAGUUCCAAUGUUGGAAUUGUUUGUCCCAGGACUGAGGAUUACAGGCACGGAGGCAUUAGAAAAAAUGCCAUCACCCCGCCUUAUCAAGACCCAUCUGCCAGUUGAUCUCAUUCCCAAGGAUUGCUGGAAAAACAAUUGCAAGAUAAUUUACAUGGCAAGAAAUGCCAAAGAUGCUGCAGUUUCAUAUUACCAUUUUGACUUGAUGAAUAAAUUAGAGCCUUACCCCAACUCCUGGGCAGAAUACCUGGAGAAGUACAUGACUGGGAAAGUGUCCUAUGGUUCCUGGUUUGCCCAUGUGAAGAGCUGGUGGGAUAAAAAGAAAGAUUACCCCAUGCUCUAUCUGUUCUAUGAAGACAUGAAAAAGAACCCCAAGAAGGAAAUCGAGAAGGUGAUGCAUUUCCUGGGGAAGAACCUAGAUGAAGAGGUCUUGAGGAAGAUCAUCCAUCAUACCUCAUUCGAAAUGAUGAAAAAUAACCCCUUGUUGAACUUCACAAAUAUAUCGAGUAAAAUGAUGGAUCAUGAUGUCUCUUCUCACAUGCGGAAGGGGAUUGUUGGUGACUGGAAGAAUUACUUCACGGUGGCCCAGAAUGAAAUAUUUGAUGCGAUGUAUGAGAAGGAAAUGGCCAGAACCACACUGAAGUUCUGUACAGAGCUCUGAGGUGACCUGACUCUCAAGCUUGUGUUCCUGCGUUAUAAACUGAAGGCACCUGUGGCUAAACACAUCCCCAUCGCCACUUGGUGGGUCCUCCGUGCUGUCUACCAGUUUCUUACUGCCCUUUUCAUGUCCUUAUCAAGUCCCUGGCCAAAAGGGAAUGUAAAGUUUCACUUUUCCCUUGCCCUGAUGGCUCUGAAAAUAGUACACAACUCACAACUACUUUUCUCUACCCUCUGUUCUUCUUCCUUCUUUUUUUCCUUUUCCUCUUAUUCAU